AUGUAUGGUCGCUUGGUCAAGUCUGGCAACGCGGAACGAUUCUAUACUUCCUUCUACUCUGCAGUAGUCUCAAAUGCAGUAAUUUAUUUUGAGGGGUUGUCUAGGGAUGCAGCGACAUUGCUAUCUACCAAAGUGGCAGAUUUUAUAUUGGCUGGCAGCAAGGAGAAAGCCAAAGACUCUAGUAUUUGUACUUGUGCACCAUUAACUAAACUCUCAGCUGAAGAAGAAGCUGGACUACAGUACAUAGGAGGAUAUGUUCUACAUAAACUUCAUAACAAACUGGCAAAUAGUAAAAAAUCACCGGAAAUUGAGCAAGCAAUCUCAAUUCUUAAGGCUGGAAAGUCAGAUGACCAGGCUGUUUCAGAUAGCCAGAGGCUAACUUCAUCUUUAAAUCGUGGAGGCUUAUGGACAAUAACAAAGAAUACCCAAACAAUUUUUGAAAGAGCUGAGCACUAUUUUAGGGAUAUAACUUCAAAGGCUGACAUAAGAAAGCUUGAUUGUACUGACAUUAUAUCAAGAUCUACCCAUGACAUAGAUGUAGUCUCUGCAUAUCAUUUAAUUUUGUCUGAUGCUGAACUUACAGCAGAAAGCACUGUUGCCAAAGAUGUACUACAUAACAUCAUUCAACUGUAUGUAAGAGUCCGCUCCUUUUCUUUCGCAAAGGAUAUCAUACAGAAGCAUAAGGUACAAGCAAAGCAGUUGAAAUCCAAAGCGCUACGUAAGGAAAUAAGCAGAGCUUGUAAAGAAUCUGAAAAUGACAGGCAGUCCUAGUCCAAUAUAAAUUUUAAUGACUUUUCACCAUAUUGCUAAAAUUGUAUUGAUUGACUCAGAGGAUUUUAAUGAGCAUUAAAAGUUACCUGGCUUAUACUUUU